UUUACGACAUUUAACUUGGAAGUGUGUAGUUGCUACAGUAAUAGUCCUUUGUGGUUCUACUCGCCAGAACUCGUACUUUUUCUGCUUCAAGAAAAAGAUAGAAAUGACAACACACAAGACGAGUAAUUUUUCUUUACCAAUGUAAAGUGAACCCAAAAAGCGGGAAACACAGUAAUAAUCUUUUGUUUAAAAGAGUCCACUACUCACUAGUGAUUAUCCAAAGCUUCCAUUUUUUUUUAAAAUGGAAAUGGGUGACCCAUUUGAGGAAGAAAUUGAUGUUCCUUUGUGUGUGCUGGAUGCACCAUUACCAUGUUCCGUAGAGACUAUGUUGAGUAAAAUCUGCAGCGAGCAGUGUCAACAACCACCGGACGCGGUGAUUAGGAGGAGGUUGGAUUUGAUAGGUGAACAAGGUUCAUUACAAUUGCUCAAAAUCAUAUCAUCUCGUCCUAUAAAGAAGAGUCUAUCUGCUUUUCGACUCACUUACAGAGAGCCCUGGGAGAUGACAAUGUAUUGAUUGUCAAAUUUGUUGAAGAUGCAAGUUGUGCCAAUAUAAUUAUUGAGGAAGGCAUUCUUGUUGGCUUGAGACGUUAUCGCUUUUUUGUGCAUAAAGAUGAUAAAGAGAGGAAGAGAAACCAAGCUAUGAUGAAGACAAAAACAGCUUCUUUGAAGUGCUACUUUGUUAGGUUUGAGUCCAUUGAAACUUGCCAUGAUGGAGGAUCCUAUGUAUUUUCUACCAAAAGGAUCAGUCAAGCAAGGUGUCAGUUCAUGCAUGUGCAUAUGGUUUCUAAUAUGGCAAAAUAUGCAGCCAGGCUUUCAAUAAUUCUCUCAAAGACAAUUAAGAUUCAAGUGAAUCUUGCUUCUGUCACAAUUGAAAGAAUUGAAGAUAUACUUUGUCGGGAUGAAAAUGGUUGUAUUAUUCGUGAUGAAGAUGACACCUGUAUACAUACUGAUGGAACUGGAUUCAUAUCAGAAGAUUUAGCUAUGCUUUGUCCCAAAGACUUUUCCAAAGCAGAAUAUAUAAAGGAUGAAAACUAUGAGAAUUUUGUUGAUACUGUGGACCUUGAUCACAUGAUUGCAGAAAAAGAGGGAGUGUAUCUUGGAAUAGGGAACCGUUUGUUGAUGCAGUGCCGUUUGUUCUUCAACGGCUGCGCUGUUAAGGGAACUUUUCUUGUUAAUAGAAAGGUAUGCUCUUUAUCUUCAAUCAGUCAUAGACCAAAUAAAGCAUACCUGUCCAAGAAUUUAAUAUCUCUGCUGGCCUACGGAGGAGUCCAGAAAGAAUUCUUUAUGGAGAUUUUGGAAAGUGCUCUGGAAGAGACGAAACAAGUGUACUUGAAGAAACGUGGAGCUCUAAAAGUUGCUAUCAACUAUAGAGAAAUGGAUGAUGAUUGUCUAGCAGCAAGGAUAAUAUCGUCUGGCAUACCCAAUGAACCUCAUCUUCAUGCUCGCUUGUCUAGGCUUGCAAAGCUUGAAAGAACUAAGCUUAGAGGAGGAAAACUUCCUCUUUGUGACAGUUUUUAUCUUAUGUGAACAGCUGAUCCCACUGGUGUACUGGAAAGCAAUGAAGUCUCUGUUAUCAGAGAUAAUGGCCAAGUAUCUGGGCGUGUUUUGGUCUAUAGAAAUCCUGGUCUUCACUUUGGAGAUGUACAUGCGAUGAAAGCGCGAUAUGUGGAAGAGCUUGUAGAUAUUGUUGGUGAUGCCAAAUAUGGUAUAUUUUGUUUCACUAAAGGUCCAAGGUCAGCUGCUACUGAGAUUGCCAACGGUGACUUUGAUGGUGAUAUCAGUUCGCGUUUCUCAGAGUUACUUUCUGGAAGGAAGGGAGCUUACUUAUUGUUAAAUCCCACAUUGUCUGGAAUUCAAAAAUGGGUUUCCUUUUAUGGUCUUGGCGAUCAUGAGAUAUCUAAUCCUGGGCAUGGCGGUGGGGCACAUGUUGAGUCCCACAUUGGUGUGGCCUGUGGGAGAUACCCAAGGUCCAUUUUCUUAUCAUGGUAUCAGAAUCAAGGUUUAUCUCAAUUUCUUUGGUUUAUCCGAUGCUGGGUCCCCAUGCUAUAUGUUCACCUGCUAGAUGUCCAUUCCUGGAUGUCAAAGGGUGUUAGAUUAUAUCGGUUGGUCGUUGGAGAUGAAAAAUGGGUCUCUUUAUACAAUCUUGGGCGAUCCACCCUGCGUGAGCUAGCUUUUGGGGUUGAGUUAGGCUCAAGAUUCAUUUCUUACCACUUAUAUUUAUUUCAUGCUGGGUACUGGUUGUUUAGAAGAAUUUCUGACUACCUGUCUUGGAGGAAUAUGGUUUUACAAUAUUUGGUUUUUACGUUUCAGCUAGUAGAUUCUUAUACAAGUAGUAAACCAUGGACUCGCAUGCACUCAACUCCUAAGGCAGUCAGCAAGAAGCCAAGUGAAUUUUCAGUUGAUGAAUUGGAAUAUGAGCUUUUUAGGCAAUUUCUGGAAGCAAAAGCUGAAGGGUAUGCUUAUAAGUUUACAUAUAUCAUUCUGGUAUUUAUUCAAAAAGUUAAGCAAUCUAAACACCAUCGUUAUUUCUGGAAUACUUUUGACAUGUCAUCUGCUUCAGAGCAAUGCUUUGACAGGAAAAGGAAUGGGUGGUCGAUAAUGGGAACUGAGAGAAGUACAAGACCACCUUUCUUCGUCCUAUUUCCUGAUGUAGUCUCUUUCUUCUGUUUUUGUGCCAAUAUGUCUAUGGCAGCUGAUAGCUGGCUGGCAUUUAUGGAUCGUCUUCUGAUGUUGCGAGGUGAUGAGGUGGAUGGGAUGCAUAGCUUGAAAGGAAAGAUGCUUCACCUGAUUGAUAUCUACUAUGAUGCAUUAGAUGCACCUAAAAGCGGGAAGAAGGUUAGCAUCCCUCGUGAUCUGAAGGCAAACAAGUUCCCGCACUAUAUGGAAAAGGGGAACCCCUUCAGCUAUCAUUCGACUUCUAUUCUGGAUCAGAUUUAUGAUCACGUUGACUCAUAUCCAGAUGAAGAUUUAUGUGUAACAGAGAUCUAUAAACUGCCUUGCUUUGAGGUUGAAAGCCCUCCAACAUGCAUGGAAUUGUGGAGAGGAAGAUACGAAGAGUACAAAAAGGAUAUGACAAGGGCCAUGAAUUCAGGUUCGGAACAUAGAAUCACCUCUUGCAAUGAAGUUAUAAAGAAGUACAAGAAGUUGCUCUAUGGUGCUGUGGAGUUUGAACAAACUGUAAGAAAAUCCGAAGACAUUUUCAACGAGGCGCUUGCAAUAUAUCAUGUAACAUAUGACCAUGCGAGGACCACAUACAACAUAGAAAAAUGUGGUUUUGCUUGGAAAGUAGCUGGUUCUGCACUUUGCAGGAUCCAUGUGAUUUAUAGCAAGGAAAAAGAGCUCUACCCAUUUUGCCAUCUAUUCUGCAGGAAAUAUUGUAGACAUAUUAUUACUUUGUAGGAUGCUGACAUUGAAGCGAAAGAAUAACUUCGUAGUAUUGUAUGUGAUGACGUCUAAAUUCACUCCUCAAAUGAGCAAGUGUAGCAGUUCUAAUAAUAUAGUUGGCCCUAUUGAGUUGGGGUCGAUUCUCCUGGGGAAA